GGCUUAAGGCGAAGCGGAAAUAUAAUACAUAUUUUACACGUUUCCUCACUAAAGGCAGUUGUUGUUCUUCCGUGGCGGUUGCUUCGAUGGUGGACCUGGAGCAAGAGCAAGAGGGCGACCCAAUUGAGAACUCGAACGCUACUUCCGAGCCUUGCGAUGAUGAAUUCGGAGACCAAGAACCGGAGACGGCAUCUCGGAAGCGACGUAGGAAGACAACCAGAGGGGUUUUAUCCCCAACAGAAAACUCCAAGGAAGUGCUGGCUCAAGAUCCUCUAGCCGUUUUCGGCUCGGAUUUCAUGGAGGCGAUGCUGACUCGUCUCGACGCACGCAGCGUGGCACUAUCUCUACUUGUAUCUCGACGAUGGUAUGCAGUUGCUGCAAGCAACCGCCUUUGGACGACCAAGUGCGAGGAGUUAUUUCUUGGGAAAGCACACAUACCCCGGUCAUCCCAAAACUCGAGCUUUUCAAAGUUAGUAUCCUACUCAUUGUCUGUCAUGGAUAGUAAACGGACUCGCAUUUUGAAGGAAGAUCUUUGCGAUCAUGUGUGGGAGUUGCAUUUUAUGGAGGAAGCCCCUGAAUAUUGGAGAAACCUAGACCCUUAUUGGAAGGGAACAGGAUGUCUAAUGAAGUGUUACUUCCAUCCAGAUGGGAGCUUAAGUGCUGAUCCAAGGGACCCAGUUUGGGGAGGUCACGAGUCCUGCUAUUCAAUUGUGACGAGUUUUGUGGGGGUAGGGACAAUAAGGGAACACUAUGUGAGAAUUAACAGAUGGCCUAGAAUGAGGGUCUUAAGGAUGCUAGAUUGGAGCUGGGAAAUAUCCAACAAUAUUUACUGCUACAGAAGUGUCCCUGAUGCUGAGAAAGGUGGGACUGGUCCACCAUUUCCUGUGUAAUUUUGUAAGUUUUGAAUCUGUUUACCUCUACGAGUAAUAAUAAUAAGUACUGUGUGAUAUUUACAUGCAUGUAAAUAAGUUGUGUUGUUGUUGUAUGCCUUGAGAGCCAACAGUUUCGUUUCUGCCUUCUUUUUUUAAACCAUUUUAUUAUACUUGUUCUUCUUCUU